AUGGGCAAGCCCGCAGAGCCCGCCGCAAUUUUCGCGACCAAACCCGUGACGGGUCGAAAGGCCGAGGAGACAAGUGAACAGUUGUGGUUCGAUCUGUGGCAAAAGCCGGGAGACUGUCGAAAGGCGAGAGGCCCGCGCCUUUUCACAAGCGAGAUUGAUAAAAGCGCAUCAUUCCUGGGCCUGGGAACCCGGCGCGGCGACGCCUGCGUAAGGCUGCUGCUGCUGCUCUGCUCCGUCUCAGCCCUGUGCUGUGCUUCGCUCUCUGCUUUGACAUCCUCCACCCUACCACCAUCCACCCACCUACCUGGCACAGGCAACCCCCAAGGAUUGGCAUCUCAUAUAUCCAACUUCCGUCCGCUCCUUACAAACCGCCUCACCCGCCACACGAACCCGUCACUCCCUACUUUCUUAUUUCAAUCUGCGUUCCUCCGAUUCUUCGCCUUGAGACGCACGCGAGCAUACAUCUCAAUCCUCCUCUGA